CGCGACUUAACUUACGCAUGCGUACAGAUGAUAAACACAAACGUGGCAGGAUGGCGAAAUGGAGCGGAGCUGGUUUCUUAGCUCUCUGUGUAAGUUUGGUUUUAAUACCCUGUCAGCUGGAAGCUAAUAAGAAGAAAAAUGAUCUGAUUAUUAAAGUUGAUGAUUUUAAAGAUUUUAAGAAACUACUCAAAACAAAAACCAAUCUUUUAGUUAUAUAUGCUCAGUCAGAUAAAUCAGUGUCUAAAUCUAUGACAGUUUUUCAAGAUGUAGCCAAUGAAAUUCGUGGGAAAGGAACCUUGGCUCUAAUUAAUUGUGGUGAAGAGAAGAAAUUAUGUAAGAAAUUAAAAGUAUCUCCUUCAACAUUUGAUAUAAAACAUUUUAAAGAUGGUGAUUUUAAUAAAGAUUAUGACAGAAAAAUAGCUACAAAGUCUAUGGUGAACUUUUUGUUAGAUCCAACUGGUGAUUUACCCUGGGAUGAAGAUCCUACUGCACAAGAUGUAGUUCAUAUAGACACAGAGGGAGGGCUAGCUAAACAACUGAAGAAAAAUAAAAGUCCACAUCUAGUAAUGUUUUAUGCUCCUUGGUGUGGUUAUUGUAAAAGAUUAAAGCCCGACUUUUCUGCAGCUGCAACAGAGAUGAAGGGAAAAGCUGUUUUAGUAGGCAUAGAUGUAGAUAAACCACAACAAAUGGCUCUUAGACAACAAUAUAAUAUUACAGGCUUUCCUACUAUAUAUUACUUUGAAAAUGGUAAAUUAAAAUUCCAAUAUGGUGGUGAAAAUAAUAAAGAUGGAAUUGUAUCUUGGUUGAAAAAUCCAAGUCCACCAAAGGCACCAGAGAAAGAAGCAGAAUGGUCAGAUGAAGAAUCUGAUGUGGUUCAUUUAACUGAUGAAAACUUCCAGGAAUCAUUAGAUAAACAAUCGUCUGCUCUUGUCAUGUUCUAUGCACCGUGGUGUGGUCAUUGUAAACAGAUGAAACCAGGUUAUACAGAAGCUGCUGCUUUAUUAAAAGCAGAAAAUAUACCAGGUAUUUUAGCAGCUGUAGAUGCUACAAAAAGUAGAAAAAGUGCUGAGGAACAUAAAAUUAAAGGUUUUCCUACAGUAAAGUAUUUUGUAAAUGGAAAAUUUGAAUACGAUUUUAAUGAAAGAACAAAAGAUAAGAUAAUUGAAUUUAUGAAAGAUCCCAAGGAACCCCCACCUCCUCCACCACCAGAGCCUAAAUGGGAGGAAACUGAAAGUGAUGUUGUUCAUCUUACAGAUGAAAAUUUUAAACCUGUACUUAAAAAGAAAAAACAUGCAUUAGUUAUGUUUUAUGCUCCAUGGUGUGGUCAUUGUAAGAAAGCUAAACCAGAAUAUAUGGCAGCUGCUACUAAACUUAAAGAUGAUGCUAAAGUGGCUUUUACAGCUGUAGAUUGUACAACACAAUCAGGCAUCUGCUUAGCUCAUGAUGUUACAGGAUAUCCUACUUUUAAAUAUUUUAAUUAUGGAAAAAAUUCACAAAAAUAUAUGGGUGGCCGAGAGGAACCUGAUUUCAUCAAUUUUAUGAAAGAUCCAUUAAAUCUUGGUCCUAAAGAUAAAGAAGAUGAUGAUAAAAAGAAGGAUGAAGUUAAGAAUCAGUGGAAGGAAUUAGAAGGCUAUGAAAAUGUACACUACCUCAGCACAGAAAAUUUUGAUACAUUCCUUAAAGAACAUAAAUCUGUUUUAAUUAUGUUUUAUGCACCCUGGUGUGGUCACUGUAAGAAUAUGAAACCAGCAUAUGUAGAGGCAGCUACCUUACUUAAGGAACAGAAUGAAGAUGGUGUUUUAGCAGCUGUAGAUGCUACAGUAGAUAGACAGUUAGCUCAAAGAUUUGAAGUUACUGGAUUUCCUACAUUAAAAUAUUUUAAAAAUGGAGAAUAUGCCUUUGAAGGGUCAUCAAGGUCUAAAGAUGGUUUAGUACAAUUUAUGAAGAAUCCUAAAGCCCCAACCCCACCACCAGUAGAAAAAGAAUGGAGUGAUGAGAAAUCAGAAAUAGCACAUUUAACAGAUACAACAUUUUCUCAAUUUUUACUAGAAAAUGAACAAGUUUUAGUUAUGUUUUAUGCACCAUGGUGUGGUCAUUGUAAAAGUAUGAAACCAGUGUAUAAAUCAGCAGCUGAUGUUUUAAAGAAAGAUUUACCGACUUCUAGAUUAGCAGCUGUAGAUGCUACUAAAUAUCCUGAAAUAGCUAAACAAUUUGAGGUCAAAGGUUAUCCAACACUCAAAUAUUUUGUAAAAGGUAUUGAAAAAAUGACAUAUUCUGCUGGAAGAACAGAGAAAGCCAUUGUAGAUUUUAUGAAAAAUCCUAAAGCCCCACCACCACCUCCUCCACCAGAACCAGAAUGGAGUACUAUAAAAAGUGGUGUUAAUCAUUUAACAGAUGAAAAUUUUGGAGAUUUUAUAAAGAACCAUUAUUCGGUAUUGGUGAUGUUUUAUGCUCCCUGGUGUGGCCAUUGUAAGAAAGCUAAACCAGAUUACCAAGCUGCAGCAGAUAAAUAUAUAAAAAGUGAAACCAAAAAAUUAGCUGCUGUUGAUUGUACAAAAAAUAAAGAUAUUUGUAAGAAAGAGGAAGUUAAAGGGUACCCAACGAUUAAAUUUUACAAGGGGGGUAAAUUUAAAGAAAUGUUUUCGGGAUCACGUACAAAAGAUGGUUUUAUAGAUUUUAUAGAAAAAUCUGGUAGCAGAGAAAAAGAUCCUAAAGAAGAAUUAUAGAAUAUAUUUAAAUUGUAUAUUUAGAAUAAUAAAUAUUUUAAUUAUUAUAA